AUGGGAAAUGGAGGAAACGCGUUCGGCGCGAAGUACGAAAAAGCAACAACGAAACACGUCCUCAAAUACCAAAUAUAUCUUGCUGUUCUUUCUAAAAGCAGUAUCCUUGUUACUAAAACGAUGAAAAGGGUAAUUCACCUUUUUUUGCUGUGUUACCUAGCAGAAGUAACUGGUAAAAUUCACGUAGAGCGUUCAGGAAUCUUACCAGUAAAUUCAAAAAGUUUUGGAAUCCAGUUCUACAUCACACUUGCUAAUGAUGCGGGGAAAACACUAACAAUAACGCCGAAAAAAUCGAGAUGCUGUUGGAGGGUUGACAAAAAUGAUCUGGAUUGUAAGUCAAUGGAACUAAUUGGUGGAAAUGAAAUGAGACUGCCACCGUUAAAAAAGGAGAAUAUGACUUACGUAUUUCUAAACAAAUACCUAAUGGACAGAGCAGGAAAUUGCGAUUUCACGUUCGUGGCGGGAGAGAAGCAGCUUCGUCACAGGCUGCAUUUUAACACCACAGAACCAAAAAAGACAUCGUGGCUUGAUGUCGUCGGAUUUGGAGGAGAUAGUUACAAGAAAUGCCGAGGGGUUGAUAGGGAUCCCCAGAAGGACUGUCGGCCUGUAGACUGUGUGGAGAAGUACAAUGGCUGGAGAAACUUUUUCAGGGACUCCACUGGAAAGUGUGAAGUUGUGCACGAAUGUUACACAAAAGGCAAGAAAGGAGAACUUCCAGAAAUUGCUUUUGACAAAGACUUCAACGACUGCAAGAGUUUGGUGAGUCCUCAGCUGACCAAGAAACAGAAAAAACAGAUCCAUGACAACAUGGCGAAAAGCAAACUGGCACAGAAGAAGUAUACUUUAGAGGACAUCACUGAAAUCAAUCCGGUGCCACUCAACUGUCACCAUGGUCGCCGUGUCGGAUCUGUGUGCGUUUGUGACAGCGGCUGGAGGACAAAGACUAACAACGUACCCAAGAAAGAGUUAAGGUUUAUAUAUGACUGGUGCAAUGUCAAGAUCAAGAAGACCAAAUACUCUCAUCAAAGGGCUCUGCUGCUCACUGGCUUGGGACUCGUGGGUUUCACUCUUCUUAUUGGUUGGUUGGUGAUAAUAUGGAGCUGCUUCAUCACCGGUAGUGAAAGACAUGCUGACCAUUCUACAGGGACGAACACAGACAAGUUAACUCAGCCAUUUAAAAACCUCUGUAAGUAUCAAGAAUCAAAACCAAAAAACUGCAAAGAUCUUUUACCAACUCUACUUGAGCAGCCCUUCAACUUUUCUGGUAAAUUGCACAUCUUUUGCCGAUAGGUCAAAUAAAU